AUGAUAUAUAUUUUAUCUAUUGUAUUCAUAUAUUUUUUUUUACAUAUUGAUAUAUAUGUAAACAUUUAUUCUACAUGUUUUGUUGUAAAAGAGGGGAACCCUAAUUUAUGAAAUAACAUAAUUAAUGAUGAUGAUCUAAAGGGGAAAGCAUAUAAUAAAACUAUAGAUUCUAAUAACCAAAAUAUUGAAUAUAAUAAAAACUUAGAGCACAAUGUAAACUCAUCUCAUAUAUCUUAAUUUUCGGAUAUUAUGGAUCAAUAAGAUAAAGGAGAUAAUGAAAAUUCUCAUGAUAUAAAAUUUGAAGAAUUUAAAAAAAAUAUUAAUAAAUCUUUAGACGCUGAAUCCAAUUAUGGUAUUAAUGAAAUUAGUAUUAUUGGUAAUGACAGUAAUAGUGAUAAUAGUAAUCAGAAUAUUUUUCCAGAUGGUAGUGAGUUAGCUGGGGGAAUUGCACCUUCUAUAUAUUCUAAUAACCUUGGUCCUAAUAAAUGUCCUGUUGAAAAGAUUUGUAAAGAUUUUGGUUCACCUACGAAAUGUCGAAAUAAUGUACAUGAAAGGAAUAAUUUGUUGAGCUCAAAUGUAAAAAAAUUUACAAGUGAUAAUAAGGGACUUCUUGUUCCUCCAAGAAGACAAUUUUUAUGUUUAAGAAUUACAUUACAAAAUUUUCGUGCAAGAAAAAAAACCAAAAUAGGUUUUGAAAAUUUUAUUUAUUCAUAUGUAUCUUAGAAACCUAAGAGAUUAAGAACUAUACACAAUAAUAUAUCAGAAAAAGCUCUGCAAGCUAUAAAAUAUAGUUUUGCAGAUAUUGGAAAUAUUAUUAAAGGAGAUGACAUACUCGAUACACCGACUUCUAACAAAAGAAAAACGUACUUAGAAGAAGUACUUGAACUUCAUAAUAAAAAUGAUGAAACAAAUGAUGCAAAAAAAUGGUGGACAAAGAAUAGGCAUCAUAUUUGGAAAGCAAUGAUGUACGGAUAUCAAAAUGAGAAAAAAGAUAAUGAAUGUACAGUAUAUGGUAACAUUGAUGAUAUACCACAAUUUUUAAGGUGGUUUAGAGAGUGGGGAACACAUAUCUGUGAGGAAAGCGAAAAUAAUAUGAAUACAUUAAAAGCUG